AUGUCCGCUGAGCACGAGAACGGCACCCCAGCCGCCCCAAGCGCCGAGCAUCUGAAUAUCAAAGUCAGCGACAACAACAACGAGAUCUUCUUCAAGAUCAAGCGCACCACCAAGCUGGAGAAGCUCAUGACCGCGUUCUGCGAGAGACAGGGGAAGUCCAUCAGCUCCGUCCGGUUCCUGUUUGAGGGCACCCGCGUGCAGCCCUCUGAUACACCGGAAGCCUUGGAGAUGACGGAUGGUGAUCAACUAGAUGUCCAUCAGGAGCAGGUCGGAGGAUGGUAA